UGGAUACUCAUCAUGCCGAGCGGGAGAAGCGACUCUGCCGUUAAGCUAAUUAAAUACUCUGAGGAGCUUGUGGAUGGAAAACCAUUCUACGCCUUUUCCAAUUCUCGUCCCGUGAAGGCUUUGAACCGUGAACCUGCUGGUCACGCCUUCCACUCAGCUGCUCUCAAACUUCUUGGCUGUGCAGAGAAACCUAGCGCUGGUGAAGGUAGCAAUAAGAAAGUUGGUGAUGAUGAUAAAGAGGAGGAGUAUUCUUUUCCUUCAUUCAACCCUUAUGCCAACAACAAAGCGAAGAAGAAGAAGACGAAGCCUGGUGCACAGCAACAGCAAGACCACCAACAAGACCACUACGCGUUGUUGGGAUUGAGAAACUUGAGGUAUCUCGCAACAGAAGAUCAGAUAAAGAAAAGCUACCGCGAAGCCGCGUUGAAGCACCAUCCUGACAAACAACACGCUGCUCUCCUUCUGGCAGAGGAAACGGAAGAGGCCAAGGAAGCUAAGAAAGAUGAGAUAGAUUCUCGCUUCAGAGCGAUUCAAGAAGCUUACGAGGUGCUGAUGGAUCCAACCAAGAGGAAAAUAUUUGACUCCACUGAUGAGUUUGACGACGAGGAUUGCUCGCCGCAAGAGUUUUUCAAGGUGUUUGGUCCAGCCUUUAAGAGAAUUGCUAAGCUGUCGGCAACGGCGAGUCAGCGUGUACCGGAUUUGGGAGAUGAGAACACAAAGCUCAAAGACGUUGAGAAGUUCUACAGCUUCUGGUACGGUUUCAAGAGUUUGAGAGAGUUUCCUGACGGAGGAAAGCAUGACCUUGAGAAGGCAGAUUCGCGCCAGGAGCGGAGGUGGAUGGAGAGAGAGAAUGCCAAAAAAACCGCAAAGGAUAGGAAGGAGGACGACGUUCGAAUCCGGAAUCUAGUGGACAAUGCGUAUAGAAUAGACCCCAGGAUCGCGAAAAGAGAAGAGGAAGACGAGGCCAAGAAGCAGCGGAAGAAAGAAGCGAAGGUUAUGGCUGAGAAGAAGCGGGAAGAGGAAGCCGCCGAGAAAGAGAAGAGGAGGAAAGAAGAAGCAAAAGAAUCCGCCGAAAAACUAAAGAAAGAUAAGGAGAAAGAGAGGAAACUCUUACUCAAAGAGCGUAACCGUCUUAGAACUCUCUCAGCUCAUGUCCUGGCUCAGCGUCUCCUCUCCAAGGAAGAUGUAGAGAAUCUAUGCAUGUCACUAAACAUCCAGCAGCUGCAGAGUCUAUGUGAUACGAUGGGAAACAAACAAGGGAUAGAGUUAGCAAAGGUGAUCAAAGAACACGAAGCCAACUCUAAAGCUAAAGAAAAUGAGAAAGCCAACUUUAAAGAGAAAGAAUGUGAGAAAGCCAACUCUAAAGAGAAAGAAAGUGAGAAAGCUAACGGUGGUGACGACGCAGAGCCUACUAAAUUAGAUAACACUCAGAAGAAAGAAAAUGAGAAAGCAGACGGUGACACAGAACCUACUAAAUUAGAUAACAUUCAGAAGAAGCAACUAUGGAGCAAAGAAGAGAUUGAUAAGCUGAGAAAGGGAAUAAUAAAAUACCCAAAGGGGAUAUCUCGGAGAUGGGAGGUUAUAUCAGAUUACAUUGGUACAGGGAGAACCGUGGAGGAGGUUCUUAAAGCAACUAAGACCGUUCUUCUCCAGAAACCAGAUUCUGCCAAGGCGUUUGACACAUUCCUGGAGAAAAGGAAACCUACAGUUUCAAUCGCGUCACCUCUCUCCACAAGAGAGGAGGAGCUUGGAGAAUCUCUACCAAUGGCAAACAAUGGUGAAGCAAGUGGGAGUUCAGACGCAGAUGGUUGGUCGAGCGUGCAAGAAAGAGCUUUGGUUCAAGCUUUGAAGACGUUUACUAAAGAGACGAGCCAAAGAUGGGAGAGAGUAGCUGCGGCUGUUCCUGGUAAAACGAUGGUUCAAUGCAAGAAGAAGUUUGCUGAGCUUAAGGAACUCAUCAGAAGCAAGAAAACUGGAGUCUAAAGGGGAAAACAUAAUUGGAGAAUUUUGGGUUUUAAUAUUUUCGAGUUCUUUAUGUAUUGAGUCACUAGCAUAUAUCAUAUAUGUUUUACCUAAUCUAACGUCCAUAAAUCUUUCUCUCAACUAUAACAAACCGUAAUUAAGUAGCGAGAAAAAUACAGAAAGAUUAAGUUGUGAUGUUGUUCAUUUUUGUUACAAGGACCAAACAGGAGGCAUGUAAGCCCAUGGGAAAGAGAGACCCAAAGCCUCCUUGUGCUUGACCUAAUGAUGACCCAACAGUCACGUAACUAUUUCCAAUGUCUUGACCACCAAGAAGAAGCGUAAGGGCAUCACUCAUGCUGCUCUAGGUAAACAAGCUGGUAUCAAUCAUCCCAACAUACGGCAUCAGAAUCUGU